UGAAAAGGGGUUUUGCUCCCUCGCUAUUUGAACUCCCCGCAGUUCACCGAAGGGGACUCGUCGUCACCAUGGCUUCAACCCUAAUCCCUCCGCGAAACUUCAUCGGCCAAAACUUCGAACAAACCCUAAACCAAUCUAUACAAGACCUCUUAGACUCCCGCACCCGUGAUUUCUCGGAUUUCAGCUCCAAUUUCUUUGAACUAAUGCAAGCUAGAGCUAACCCACCUCUCGAAACCAUCUGGGUCUACUCGGCCUUAUCGUUUAAUCGCACGAAUUUGCCUAAGGACGAGAUCUUUGAUCGAGUCUCAGCCGCAAAAGACCUGUUUCAGUCGGUAGCGGGGUUUUCGGCCUCGUGUAGCUCUUCUAAGAGCAUCGUGUUGCUCGCUCCGGUUGUGUACGAGGUGUGUAUACUGGUUGCUGAUUUGGAAGGUAAAGAAGAAUUGGGGGCAAAGAGAGAGAAGAAAGUGGUGAGAGAGAUUAAGUCUUUGGUUGAUGCAGUUCUUGGAAAUAUCAGUGUGUGUUGCUCCGCAAAUGGUGAUGAUGGUGGUGGUGAUUUUUGUAGACCUUUUGAGGAGUUAGUUCGUGUUUGGAUUGGUCAGGAUAUAGAAGCAAAGGAAGUGUUUAAAUUGUUUUUCCCGCUUUUGGGUGAUGAGAUUGUUCGAAGGCUUAGUGUGGAAGGGAGUAGUGUUAGUGAGGUGGCUGGAGUUGUGAUCGCGGAGGCAUUUUUAUUGAAAUUGUGUUUGGAUUUCCGUUGGGGAGAUUCAGAACCGGGGUUGGAGAAAGAGUUGAGGAAUUGGGCUGUUGGUUCCAUAACUGGUUUUCGGAAUUUCUAUUUCUUCGAUACACUAGUGCGGAUUCUUCUGGAGCAAACUUUACCUGUAAACUCCCUAUUGAGUUCUGAAGACGAGGUCUCCGUGAGGAAAGUUAUCUAUGAUGCUGUGAUAUUGGCAGAGUAUUCUUUCCUCAAUCUCAAUAAACUAGUUGAUCUACCUGCUAAACGCGUAACAAAUCUUGCUAUCGCAAGAGUGCUUGUUACACAUGAAGCCACAGAGCUAUUCAGGAGAAAAGGCGAUCAGACUAAAGCUAUCUCAUAUAUAAAUGCCUUCUCUGGUUCCACAUUACCUACCCAAUUAGUUAAAUUGGUCUCCAAUGAGAUUGGAAUGGGCAGUAAAGCUGGUCAACCAAGGGGAUUGUCUCCCAGAGCACUUAUGAAGUGGUUACUUAAUUUAGAGGAUCAAGGGUUCAGAUUAUUGGAUGAGGGCAUUGCACAAUACAAGUCCAGAUUAACAUUUGAUAUUUUAGAAGCAGAACAUGAGCAACUAGCAUACAAUAGAAGGGGAACAAAAACAGAUGCUGAUCUCGGCUUCUUCAUUGAUAACAAGGGGGAAGAUGGAAGCGAGAAUGACGAAAGGACAAAAGAGUCUAUGAAUGCUGCAUUUGUGAAGGCUGCCCACACAAUGACAUCAGCAGAAAAUGGUGGGGGAAGAAAGAGGAAAGGAGGGAGGAGUGGUGGAAAGAAAAAACACAUAAAGUUUCUGAAGUACAACCUACAUAAUGAUUCUGGUGCAUCAGGAGAGAAUUUGGCAUUUCUCAGGAACCAUGAAGUAAGUACUGGAAGCGAGGUUGUGGAUCCACUCUCGGAUGAAGAUAUUGAUUAAGAAAAGGAGGAAUGAGGACCUUUGGAUGGGACGAAAUAGAUCGCAACGAAGGCUUUUGCCAUCUACUUCUGCUAUGUGGCUUGUGUUAAAGCUAAUUUUUCUGAUUCGAUGUCCAAAUCCAGAGGUUAAGCAAAUGCAUAGCAGAGUACGCAUGCCACUUUUUUCAUAGUUGGCCUAUUCACAGGGGUGAGAUUACAAUAUGCGGGAAAAAAGGUGUGCUACCAGAAGCUUAAAUUUUUGUUAUGAGAUCUUUGUGCUCUGGUCGGAUCUGCUGCGCAAAACUUUUUGCCCUGUACCAGUAUCUUAUUUUUUUGUAUGAUGGCCAUUCUCAGAUACUCUCUCCUCCAUGAUGCUUGACAAAUUAUUUAAAUUGGGUUUGAUCUGAA